AUGCCCGGUAAAAGCAAGUCCUCUCAGAGGGUCAACUUUGUGUUCGACUCUGACCUCUCUCCGAACAACAGUAUCACGUGUGAGGGAAUGUUGUAUAAUAAACCCGUGCAUGUGCUCUUUGAUUCUGGCUGUUCGUCCAUCAUCGUUAAAGAAUCGCUGAUCCCCGCCACGGCGAGGCGAGGGAAAAUGGUCACUCUGUACGACUACCUCGGAGUGGGCCGAACUUUUCCAACUGUGCGCUGUCUUAUAAAGAGCGAAUUUUUGAGUGGGUGGUUCAACGUUGUUGCUGCUCCUAUUAAGUUCACCGAUGUUCUCGUGGGUAUGGUGCCAGGUGUCAAAGUACCAUCCGUGAAUAACCCUAAACGUAAUAUAUCGGUAAACUCGUCUAACCGCAAGAUGUUGUUAAUGCAGUUGCCACGAGAUCCGCUAAACAAGCAUGCCUAUGAAGUUGGUGUUAAACAGUUGGUAGUACCUCGGAAAUUUGUAAAUGUGAUUCUUUCAACCGCUCAUGAUUCUCCUGUUGCAGAUGCCGAUUAUAAGCGAGCCUUUGCCAGGGUAGCAAUCGAUCUUGUGGGGCCGAUAACACCUGCGUCUAGCAGAGGCCACAAGUACAUACUGACGCUCAUUGACAUGGCCACUAGAUUCCCUGAAGCAGUUCCCUUACGGAAUAUAGAUACAGUCACUGUAGCAGAGGCUUUGCUAAGUAUUUUUUCGCGUGUUGGAAUACCGAAAGAAAUGCUCUCAGAUCGCGGAACUCAGUUCAAAUCCGAUUUAAUGGCGGAGAUAAACAGGUUGCUCUCGAUAAAAGCAUUAUUUACGAGCCCAUACCAUGCCUGCUGCAACGGCACUGUAGAGCGAUUUCACGCAGUGUUAAAGUCCAUGCUUAAGAAACUCUGCGGAGAACGACCCCAAGAUUGGGAUCGCUACAUUCCGUCUGUCCUGUUCGCGUACCGCGAGGUUCCUAACGAUACUCUGAAAUUCAGCCCAUUUGAGUUGUUAUACGGUCGCAAAGUGCGUGGUCCACUGUCUAUUCUUCAUGAUCUAUGGACCAGAGAUGACAUUAAUGAGGAGACUAAGAGCACUUAUCAGUACGUGCUUGACCUACGAUCCCGCUUAGAGGAAUCAGCCCAAAUGGCCUCCUCCCAUGCUGACGUUUCUGGCAAGAUGUAUAAAGCCUAUUUUGACAGAACUGCUAAAGUACGCAAACUAAACGAAGGCGACGAAGCACUUGUCUUGUUACCAACAUCUCACAAGUUAACUAUGCAGUGGAAGGGACCUUAUUCGGUAGUGAAGAAACACGAUAACGGCGUAGAUUACGAGGUAAAGGUUAAUUCGAAGAAGAGAUUGUAUCACAUAAACAUGCUAAAGAAAUAUGUGAGGCGUGAUGAGGUUUCUUCUUCGCAAGUAUGUCAGAUGUGCGUCGUGGAUGAUCUUCCAUCAUCCCAGGAUGACGAGAAUUUUGCUUGCGAUAUCCCGGAGUUGUACGAGGCUAGUGAAUACAAAGUAAAUCUUAAUCCUGAACUGUCGAGUGAGCAGACAGCAGAGUUAAAACAGCUAAUAGCUGAAUUCUCUGACGUCUUUUCAGACAAACCCGGUGUAACCAGCAUAGUCAUACAUGACAUUGAUUUGACAACCGUUGUCCCGGUCCAUACUAAGCCAUACCCUAUUCCCCAUCAUCUCCGAAAAGCUUUCGAUGAGGAAGUGGAUAGAAUGCUAUCUUUAGGCAUUAUCGAACCUUCAGCAUCUCCUUAUUGCUCACCCGUUGUGCUAGUUAAAAAGGCCGAUCAUUCAUGGCGCUUUUGCGUAGAUUUUAGGGCUCUGAAUGAUGUGAGCGUUUUCGACGCAGAACCGAUGCCAACGAUGGAUGAAGCGCUAGGUAAUUUUGUGGGAGACGUUUACUUUACGGAAUUAGAUCUUUGUAAAGGUUAUUGGCAAAUUCCGUUAUCGGAAAAGGCAAAACCAUGCACGGCUUUUGCUACUCCCAAAUAUGGACUUGUGCAGUUUACGAAACUUCCGUUCGGUUUACGCACGGCGUGUGCUAGUUUUAUUAGACUAAUGCGUAAAGUUACUGCAGGAUUGACGAAUGUAGAGUGCUACUUCGAUAAUUUAGUGGUGCACAGCUCGUCCUUUGGUAAUCACUUGAUUCAUAUAAGGAAUCUUCUGGAAAGAUUGCGUGAGCAUGGGUUAACUGCUGGGCCUAGCAAGUGUUUUAUAGCUUUUCCCAAUAUCAAAUAUCUUGGAUUUAAUCUUGGUGAAAAGGGCUUGAGUACCCUUCCAGAUAAGCUAAAUUUAACCCCUGAUCUUGUUAAAAGAAUCGACGAGUUAAAAUACUUAUUAAUAAAUGCUCCAAUCUUAACUCUGCCUGACUACGAGAAGAUCUUUUAUCUCAGAACCGACGCCAGCGACACGGGUCUUGGGGCGGUUUUGUUGCAAAAGGUGGACGGUUUCCUCAUGCCAAUCGCUUACGCGAGUAGAAAGCUCUCCGACUCGGAAGGUCGUUAUGCCGUAAUAGAGAGAGAAGCUUUAGCUAUCGUCUGGGCUAUUAAAAAGUUCUGGUGUUAUCUGUAUGGCCGCGAGUUUGUCUUGCAAACUGAUCAACAACCAUUAACAUACAUCAGAAACAUGAAAAAUAGCAAUGGUCGUCUUAUGCGUUGGUCACUGGCUCUCCAGUCAUAUGCAUUUACGAUAGAGUAUAUCAAAGGUCAAGACAAUGUUGGUGCAGACAUCCUUAGUCGAUGUUCAGUGUAA